AUGUCUAUAGCGUCGAUCAUAUCGCAAGAUAUUACGAAAGUUACAAAUAUAACCUUUAAUAAAACUGGUCUUAAUGCUAGGGAACAACUUAUAAUAAACGCCUUCGAAAAUGAAGCAUGGUUGAAUAAUUUGCCAGAUAAAACAAAUAAAGUCGUCGAACAGAAAUGUAUCAAAGUUGACAGGGAUUUGCUGUUUCAAGUUUUGAUGGUUGAACAAAUCUCCAUCUCUAAGACAGCGCAAAUUGAUGAUUAUAACAUAAAAUUAGAUCCAAAAAAUCAAAAAGUAGAUAGAUUGAGAGCAAAUGGGACCGCCAUUAGUAACGAUGUGAGUAAAUAUAAGGUAAUAACGCAGUUAGACAUGGAAGAUUCUGAUAAUUUCAGUAACGGAGCAAAUAAUAACACAAAUUUGUCGAAUAAUUCAUUAAAUAAUAGAAAGAAUACUGUUUAUAAAAUAACAUUGCAAGCAAAAUCUGGUGAUAUAUUCUUUGCUAUAAACACUUCACCUUUGGCUUGGGUUUCAUGUAUGUUAGGCUCAAAGCUAAUAAUAAAGGCAGGAACUUUAUUUAACAGAGGUGUAUUUGUUUUACAGGAGUCAAGUGUAGUUUUCUUAGGCGGUAUUAAUCGCCAAUGGAAUGACAACAAAGAAACUAAACUAUGUGCAUAUCUUAAAGCAAAGUUAGAUCAAGAACAUAAAGCUAAUAUCAAUCUAAAGGGUUCCAGAAAAAGAAAAGCUGUCCAAUAA